CUGCUUGAAAGAGCUAAGGCAUUUCGUAAUCGUAAAUAGUUGGACAAAUUUGUUUAAUUCUGAAUGAAAUCACAGCUCUACACAGAAGAUAUAUAAAUAUAUAGCAACUAUGAACAAUUUAACAAUGGCAUUAAGUUUGGCGAAGCAACGAAUUUUGGUGGCACCACUUCCAGCGCUGGUACGUUCGUUUGCGGCGAAGCCGGCAGCAGCAGCUAGCAAAAAGAAAAAGCUGGGCAAAUUGGGACCUAUUAUGGAGAAGAAAGUCAUACCUGUUGAAACGGACGCCACCAAAUUGGUGAACUACGUUUGUGGGAGCAACUAUUUAAAAUCUGGCGAGGAUAUUAAGCUCAAACCGGACUCCGAGUAUCCCGAAUGGCUGUGGACGCUAAAUACAGAACGUAUUAUUCCUCUAGACGAAUUGGAUCCCAACAGCAAACAAUAUUGGAGACGUCUGCGAAAGCUGGCGCUUCGGCGAAACAAUCAAUUAUCCAAACUUAAGAAGUUUUAAGAGUUUCCAGAGUUUAUGUAGCUUUAAGGUCUUAUCAAAAGACCCAAGAGAAUAGAAUGAAAUGUUGACCUUCAACCCAUGUUAAGUGUGCAAUUAUGUCCAUUCUACAGAGUGUUGAUGUUGCAUGAUAUUUGCCUUGUAAACACUUUGAUUGCAAAUACAAUAUACAAUAUUUUUCUGAUAAAA